CACACCCAGCUUUCUCAAGCCAGCUCCAAGCACUCUCUUCUUUCCUUCCUCAACUUAAUCUUCAGCUUCAAUUUGAGUACGUAGCUAGGAUCAAUGGCUUCAAUUGAGGAAAUUAGAAACGCUCAACGUGCCAAGGGUCCGGCCACCAUCCUAGCUAUUGGAACAGCUACUCCCGACCACUGUGUCUACCAGUCUGAUUAUGCUGAUUACUAUUUCAGAGUCACUAAGAGCGAGCACAUGACUGAGUUGAAGAAGAAGUUCAAUCGCAUAUGUGACAAAUCAAUGAUCAAGAAGCGUUACAUUCAUUUGACCGAAGAAAUGCUUGAGGAGCACCCAAACAUUGGUGCUUAUAUGGCUCCAUCUCUCAACAUACGCCAAGAGAUUAUCACUGCUGAGGUACCUAAACUUGGUAAAGAAGCAGCAUUGAAGGCUCUUAAAGAAUGGGGUCAACCAAAGUCCAAGAUCACCCAUCUUGUAUUUUGUACAACCUCUGGUGUAGAAAUGCCCGGUGCAGAUUACAAACUCGCUAAUCUCUUAGGCCUUGAAACAUCGGUUAGAAGGGUGAUGUUGUACCAUCAAGGUUGCUAUGCAGGUGGAACUGUCCUUCGAACUGCUAAGGAUCUUGCAGAAAACAACGCAGGAGCACGAGUUCUUGUGGUGUGCUCUGAGAUCACUGUCGUUACAUUUCGUGGGCCUUCCGAAGAUGCUUUGGACUCUUUAGUAGGUCAAGCCCUUUUUGGUGAUGGGUCAGCAGCUGUGAUUGUUGGAUCAGAUCCAGAUGUCUCGAUUGAACGACCCCUCUUCCAACUUGUUUCAGCAGCCCAAACGUUUAUUCCUAAUUCAGCAGGUGCUAUUGUGGGUAACUUACGUGAGGUGGGACUCACCUUUCACUUGUGGCCUAAUGUGCCUACUUUGAUUUCCGAGAACAUAGAGAAAUGCUUGAAUCAGGCUUUUGACCCACUUGGUAUUAGCGAUUGGAACUCGUUAUUUUGGAUUGCUCACCCCGGUGGCCCUGCAAUUCUUGAUGCAGUUGAAGCAAAACUCAAUUUAGAGAAAAAGAAACUUGAAGCAACAAGGCACGUGUUAAGUGAGUAUGGUAACAUGUCUAGUGCAUGUGUCUUGUUUAUUUUGGAUGAGAUGAGAAAGAAAUCCCUGAAGGGGGAAAAAGCCACCACAGGUGAAGGAUUGGAUUGGGGAGUACUAUUCGGUUUUGGGCCAGGCUUGACCAUUGAGACCGUUGUGCUGCAUAGCGUUCCUAUGGUUACAAAUUGAGUGGAAAACGGUAAGAGAAAUGAUAUAGGGGACAUGUCUUAUUGUACUACAGAGGAGGUGCUACGAAAGAUAUGUACAUGUAUCUUCAAAGUUAAUAAUAGUACUCCUAAAUCUUUUAUUCCUAUCCUAACAUUGAGGGAUUGUAAUUUAGUGAUUGUUGGAGGGUGCAGUCACGCCAGGCAAGUGGAUGAAACUGCAAGUGCUUGUCAUUCUGUUAUCGCGAAGUUUCCUGAAAGUUGUAAUUUUUUGUUCUCAUAAAUGCCACUGAAAAGAAAGAAUGAAUUAGAUAUACAGCACCAGUUCGAGUUUUA